UAGACGCGCCGCCGCCGCGCGCCCGACCACGAGAACUACUGAGCGCGCGCUCCAGCUGACCCGAGAACCGCUUCAGACAGGUGCUCGUCGUUUGAGCUUUAUUUGACGCUAAAGCAGUACUUUAUAAAACACAGGGCAUGCUGGCUGAGGUGAACAGGGGAUUUCUUCCUUCCUUCAACAUCUUCAGUGCAGAACCAGCGCUGAAUGAAACUGUGUGAACAAUUAUCUGACAGACGCUCAGAUGUGUCGAGCUGUGAGGAAAUAGCGCCGAUUAAUCGACUAACAAAAAAACUUGUGUUUGACAUUGACGCGUCAUGGCAUCAGUGUCGUGGAGACACGCGCUUUUCGUCUUGGUAGCUGUGAACCUGUCAGUGCUGGCAACGGCAUGCAGCAGUCACUAUGGAGGUGCCAUUGAGGAGUUUUGUUUGGCCAAGUUUAAGCUGGACAUGGAGGUUCUGGAUCAGCAUCAGUGGUGCAGCUGGGAGGACACAGUGGAGUCGUAUGGGGAACUGACCAACUGCACGUUCCUGGUGGCUCUGAAGAUGAACUGUUUCUGGCCCAACCGCAUGGUGGACGAGUUCUUCAUCCGGGUGCACAGGCACUACUUCCAUGACUGCUCACUGUCUGGACGGCUGCUUCACGAUCCGCCCAAUCGGAUCCUGGGGCCUUUUAUCGUGGUGCCCAUUCUGGUGACGCUGCUCAUGACUGCUCUGGUGGUGUGGAGGAGUAAACGCAGCGAGGGAAUCAUAUAAAUCCAACAACUUCCACAUGCAGCAAACAAUAGAGAAGGUGAUAUUUCACAAACUCAACGAGUUGAAACACUUUUACUGAACACUGUCACGGUGUUAUCUAAAAAUGUACAAAUCAUUUAUAUGGACAAAACCUAACACAGUUUCUUUAAGGUAGUUUUCAACUAAAUAUUUUGUCAUGCCAGCAUUUUGUCAGUAAAAAGGAUCUUCAAAACAAAUGCAAGUCAUUAUUGCGAUGACGGAUACACAUCACCUUGGAUGGAUAAACACCAAACUAAAGGAAGAACACUGUUUUAUUCUGUGUUGGACUGUGAUGUGAACACUGUACUCAGUCACUUUGUCACCAGUAAACCUCAACACAUUCAUAA